AUGCAGUAUGAUUUAAAUAAUGCAGUUUAUAAUAAUCAAUCUGAUUUCGCUGACGAUCAAUAUCCACCGAUGAAUCCACCAUCGUAUGAAACAGAUGUUUGUCAAUCAUAUCCAGGAGCACCGCCCUGCGCACAAUAUUCUCAACAAUCAAUCAGUAAUACUGAUUAUACAGUAUCAAGUGCACAACAUAAUGGUCACGUUCUAUUGCAUCCACAAAAAAGUGUUCUAGCUGUAUCUCCCCGUCAUGCAUUAGCGACCACUGUAAUUUUAACAAAAAUCACUUUAAAACUUAAAGUAUUUUUUAUUUUUUCUGGUAUUGCUUAUUUACUAUGGGGUACAUUAGCAAUUGCUCUAGAAAUUUCUAUUCUUCUUUAUUCUUAUGCAACAUAUUAUCGAGGUAUAUAUUCAGGUCUUGCUAUGUUAAGCAUAUCAAUUAGCAUGUUAAUUAUUGCAUGCCGAGUAUCUGAUUCGAUGAUUUCUAUGGUACGAUUAUUGUAUUUUGUUGUAGUCUUUUGUACAAUUGCAGUUAUGUUAGCUAUUGCUGACGUGACUCUAUUAAAAAAAUGUAUCAAUCAUAUAAGCGAAGAUUUAUGUGAUGCACCAAUUGCAUAUAAAUUAAAGAUGAUUAUUCUAAUCGAGCUUUGUAUUGCGACAAUUUAUACCGGAAUCAAUCUGGCAAUCGUGCGAUAUGUACAAAAGAAAUCGAGAUCAAUACCACCUGUUGCAAACACUUUAGAUCAUCAAUAUUGA